GUUUCUCACCCUGAACCAGCUCUCCGGUUCCCACGCUCCCGCUCCUGGACCCUCCGUUCAGCCGCGGAUCGAUGUCUCGGUCCGGGAACGCUGAGCUGCGCUGCGGACCCUCCAUUGACACCUUCUCCCUAGAAGCCGUGCACCUUGGGAACUUGUACAAGAUUGUCAUAGGUCAUGAUGGGCUUGGACCAGGAAAUGGCUGGUUUCUUGAUGAUAUUGUAAUCAAGGACCCCACAACGAACCAUGAAUACGUGUUUUUCUGCCACAGAUGGCUGGAUCAAGGGGAAGAUGAUGGUAAAAUUGUCAGAGAACUGUAUGCCAGGGAUAACAGUAUCAUCUCUGCAAGGCAGAAGCUGGAAGUUAGUAGAAAAGAAACAUGGGCUGCAGAAAGCUGGAAGUUUAUGAAAGGAAAUACUCUUCAGUUCUACAACAGGCUAACGGGAGGGUUUGUUCGUCUGCACCCAGAUGGCACAGUUGAUGCGAUUGGAGAGGAGACAGAUAAAUACGGUCUCUUUGAUGUUAUUUUCAACAAAGGAAAUGUAUGCAUUUUCCAAAGUCAUGAAAUGAGGCAUCUUUCUCUGGCUCUUGACAAUGGCUCUGUCACUGGAAUGAUUAGUGGUGCAGCUUCCACUGAGAUGCGGGUUCUUUAUCAGCCCAACCGCUGUGCCCUUCUGGAGUCAGCACUAGUUCCAGGGCACACGGUCAUUUUUGAUCGUCACGGCAAAAUAUCGAAUCAGUCGUCAGCAGGCUGUGCCGACCUUUCUAAGGAGUUUGUGGUUUUUGUCAAGGGCAUGUUCCUCAGCAGUGCCGUGGUUCUUCUUGCCACCAGCCUGUGCCAGGCCCUGUGUCUCCAGCCGGAUGGGAGCUGCACUGGCGUGGGAAAGCUGUCUGAAAAAUCCUACUGGAAAGUGCAUAAAAUCGGCUCUGGGAUUUGCAUGUUUGAAAGUGUGAAAAAUGCGCGGAUGUUUCUGAGGAUUAAGGACGGCCGGUGUGAUGGAACAGGUACAGGAGACACUGACUGUCAUUUUAAAAUUAAGAAGAACUUGGAAAAUGCAUGUAUAAGCCUGGAAUCUACGAAGAGCCCAGGGUUGUUUGUCGGACUUCAGGCAGAUGGACAGGCAAAACCAGUUGUUUAUACCGAGAAUGGGAAUGUUUUCUUCUAUCCACAAGUCAUCAAAUUUGGCAGAGAAAACCCAACGGAUAUGUCUGCAACACCCAGCCAAGAGGAGGAAAAGUUCCUUGAGUCAAAAAACCAGAAAGAAAUGCCACCAGAACCCGAGGCCAGAGGAGCCUUACUUUCUUCAGCUGCAAAAGACAUCAGACCUCCCCAAAACCAUGAGACGCCCCUGUUCGAAGAUGAAUGGAAGGUGUUAGUGCUGACGGGAAACACAGGGACGCGGGCCGGCGUCACACUCUGGGUGUAUGGAGACCAGGGGGUCGCUGGACCUCUCCCUCUCAGCAAGGACAGCCCAGAGCAGCUCUUCCUUCCCAGACAGGAGGAUGUGUUUCAGGUCGAAAUAAGGAGCAUUGGAAACAUAUAUAAGAUAAGGAUAGGACAUGAUGGGACCGAGUGGAGCUUACAGAGGGUGACCAUGCAGCAUAUGAAGAGCAAGAAGACCCUGGAUUUUGCAGCAAAUGUGUGGUUAUCUCGAAUCCAAGCAGACAGGGACGUUGUCUGUGAGCUUCCUGUGGUGGAAGGAGGACAAGCUAUUUUUCCAUUAGUGAGAUACAUUGUUGACGUCCAUACUGGGCAACUGAAGCGAGCAGAAACCGAGUCCAAAGUGUCCCUGUGUCUCUACGGGGAGAGGGGAGACUCUGGCCUGAGACUGCUGUACAAGUCCAACAUGCCAGUAAAAUUUCAGAGAGGACAGGUUGAUACGUUUCAAGUGGAAGCAGUGUCGCUUGGGAAACUGCAGAAGGUGCUGUUGCGCUGCGAAGCCUGCGACAAGUCUCAGUACUGGUACUGCGAGAAGGUGGUGGUCAGGGAGCCAGGAGCUGCGACCCCAUGCAUCUUCCCCUGUGAAAGAUGGCUUCCCUUUAUGUCUCAGGGGAUAAUUCAUUCAGAAAUCGAACUUUAUCUUCAAGAAAUGCAAGUAAAUCAUCAACCUAAAAUACAAGAGGAAGCAAAUGGUCCUGAAAGGCGCUGUUGCUCCUGCCUGGCUGCCUCUCUCUCUGGGGAUGUUUGUCCCUGGAACCCAGCCCCUAUGCGAUGGGGAGCCCUAGACCACGCAGGAAGGUCUGCUUGCAGAGGCGCGGAGGCUUCUGCCCUGAGCCCUGGCGGAGCUCCCAGUCGUGUGAGAGCCAUCCUGGAAGCAGACCCUCGCAUCUGUGGCAGAGUGCCCCGGCUGACACUGUGUGGAGCAGAGAGGAGCCUUCUCUGCCACAUCUACCCCACACUGCAGGCUCAUCAGGAAAAGCAGUAA